CCCGGAGUCUGAUCCGCCCAGGUGACCGGCCUCUGCUUUUGUGUUGAGGAGCUGAGACGCACGGCCAGCCUCCAUCCCUCGUCCGGACAAGCGUGAUUUACUCCCCAAGGGGGGCUGCUUACCGCAUCUCCGGGCGAACCCAACAACAAUCACAGAGCCUCCCUUCAUCACAUCAUCACCGUCUGUGCACUGACCAGCAACCACGCACCCAUUCCAAGUCGCCGCACGACUGCGAGCAGCGCGCGUCUGAUAUCGCAAACUCGAACAAGGCCACCGCGCGGUCGAGAGAGAGAGAGACAGAGUGUGUGUGUGAGAGAGAGAGUGAGAGAGAUCGACACAAUGUCCGUAUCAGCCUACAUCGCCUCUUUCGGCAGGGCACCGCCGGCCACAUAUGCGCUCGGCGCCGGCCUCGUCGUUACGUCAUCCCUGCUCUUCGGCAACGUCGGGCUCAGCCUCGCCGGGCCUCUGCCCAUCGUUAGGGACCAGCUGGGCACGAGCUCACUGAGCGCGAAGCAGAAAGUGAGAGUGUGGAGGCUCUUCUUUGACGGGGCUACGACAUACGUGAUCGUCGGUACCGGAUUGACGGCGGCGUUGCACCUCGGGGCCUUCGCCUGGGGAGAUUCGCCCGUUUCCCGGAGGCUCGCCAUCAUGUCCGCGCUCUGCAGUGUCGCCAGCCUGCCUUACACCGCCAUGGUCAUCAUGCCGACCAACAAGGCUCUGAUCACGCUGGACGACAAGGUCGCCCUCUCCGAGCUGGACAGGAGAAAGUCCGGGAAGUUGAUUGAGAAAUGGGGCCGCCUGCACAGGGUUCGGUAUCUGAUGUUUGGCGGCGCGUGGCUCUGCGGCCUUGCCGCUUUCACGGCUGCCUUCUCGGUGGAGGCGUAGGCUUUUACGGUCUGGGCUGUCUGGGCUGUAUGUUGGGACUCGGCACGUUCCCGGCUUAUGUUUGUAUUGACUAGGUUGUGCUCGGUGUACUUUUAUUCCGUAACGAUAUCUUACUCGACCGUUGACAUAAACUUGGAUUCACAUGCUUGCCCG